AUGCAUUCCAAGUCCUUUAUGCUGUCCCAGCUCCUGCUAGGGCAGGCUUACGCCACCUACCUCUACACGUCGUCGUACAGCGGCGUCGUCCGCACGCUCCAAUGGACAGAGUCGGGCCUCGAGACCAUCUCUUCUACGACCGAGUGCGGAGGCAGUGCUUCUUGGCUGACCUUGGCGGACGACCUGCUGUAUUGCACGGACGAGGCCUGGAGCACGCCAGAGGGGUCGGUCUCGACCUUCAAAACGCUGGCUGACGGCUCGCUCGAGCUCCUGGGGAAGAAGUCCACUCGACAAGGCGCUGUAAGCGCCGUGGUCUAUGGUAAAGAUGACAGUGGCCUUGCGUUGGCCUACUAUUCCUCAUCGGCCUUUACCACAUGGGACCGAACAGAUCCCUCCGCUCUGGAGCUUCUCCAGACCGAAGUCUAUGAGCUGGAACAGCCUGGAGCCAACCCUGAGCGACAAGAGGCGCCACAUCCACACCAGGUCCUCCUGGAUCCCACUGGACAGUACAUCCUCGUCCCCGACCUGGGUGCCGAUCUUGUCCGCAUCUACAAGACAGGGACAGACGACCUCGCUGUCACCGCGGUCGAGCCGCUGCAGGUUCCUGCCGGCAGCGGCCCCCGCCACGCAGCGUUCGUCAAGGCCGCCAACGAGACAUAUCUCUACGUCGUCACCGAGCUCACCAACAGAAUCCUGGGCUACAUCGUCACCUACAACGAGGGCUCCCUCGGCUUCGAGCAAGUCUACGAGAGCGGAACGCACGGCCAGGGCGUCGAGGUGCCCUCGACCGCCGCCGCAGCCGAGAUUCUCGUCUCUCCCGACCAGAAGUUCCUCAUCGUCUCAUCUCGCUACACGAACGCCUUUGAGAUCCCCAACUUUGAUCCCAGCAACAGCACCCAGAUCGUGUCGGACACGCUCAUCAACUUCUCCGUCAACCACAGGACGGGCGCGCUCAAGGCCAUCCAGGCCGUACCCGCCGGCGGCAAGAACCCCCGCCAGUUCUCGUUCAACAGGGAUGCCAGCGCCGUGGCGGUAGGCCUGCAGGGGGACGGCCGGGUGGUCAUCAUCGAGCGUAGCAAGAGCAGCGGGAGGCUGGGCAGGUUCGUGGCGAGCUUGGAGGGCGGUGGCGAGGUGUCGGCUGUGAUUUUCAACGAGGCUAUCUAG